GACCUAUUUGCUCGCAAGUCCCGCGGGCGCCCGGCCGGCCCCUCUGUCCCUUGGGUCCCGCCAGGCUGAGACGCUGCAGCGGGGCGCGGAACUGGGACGUGGUUCCCGGGCGGAGGCACCAUGUUGGACUUCGCGAUCUUCGCUGUUACCUUCCUGCUGGCGUUGGUGGGAGCGGUGCUCUACCUGUACCCGGCUUCCAGACAAGCUGCAGGAAUUCCAGGCAUUACUCCAACAGAAGAAAAAGAUGGUAAUCUUCCAGAUAUUGUGAACAGUGGAAGUUUGCACGAGUUCCUGGUUAACCUGCAUGAGAGAUACGGGCCUGUGGUCUCUUUCUGGUUUGGCAGGCGCCUUGUGGUUAGUUUGGGCACUGUUGAUGUACUGAAGCAGCAUAUCAACCCCAAUAAGACACUGGACCCUUUUGAAACCAUGCUGAAGUCAUUAUUAAGGUAUCAGUCUGAUAGUGGGAACGUGAGUGAAAACCACAUGAGGAAAAAAUUGUACGAAAAUGGUGUGACUAAUUGUCUGCGGAGUAAUUUUGCUCUCCUGCUAAAGUCUGGAGGCUGUCUGCUGGCCCAGGACCCCGGUGCAGCGGAGCUGGUUCCUUCUGAGACCCUCGAGGGAAAGCCUGUUUCAUGCCUCACUCCUAGUUGCUGGUGGCUUGCUGACCAUUUCAGGCAGAAUGAGAUCACCAAAGUCUCAUUCCACCAUUCUGGAAGUCAGUCCCUCUUCUGGAACUUUUUGAAACAGAAUUGUAUACUUUCCUAUUUUCAGGUUUGGUCUGAGAUUGGAAAAGGCUUUCUGGAUGGAUCACUUGAUAAAAGUACAACUCGGAAAAAACAAUAUGAAGAUGCCCUUAUGCAACUGGAAUCUACUUUAAAGAAAAUCAUUACAGAACGAAAAGGAAGGAACUUCAGUCAGCAUAUUUUCAUUGACUCCUUAGUACAGGGGAACCUUAAUGACCAACAGAUCCUAGAAGACACUAUGAUAUUUUCUCUGGCCAGUUGCAUAAUAACUGCAAAAUUGUGCACCUGGGCAGUCUGUUUUUUAACCACCUAUGAGGAAAUUCAGAAAAAACUAUAUGAAGAGAUUGACCAAGUUUUGGGGAAGGGACCUAUCACUUCAGAGAAAAUUGAGGAGCUCAGGUAUUGUCGGCAAGUGCUUUGUGAAACUGUUCGGACUGCCAAACUGACCCCAGUUUCUGCCCGGCUUCAAGAUAUUGAAGGAAAGAUUGACAAAUUUAUUAUUCCUAGGGAGACCCUUGUCCUGUACGCCCUUGGAGUCGUGCUUCAGGAUCCCAGUACUUGGUCAUCUCCAUACAAGUUUUGUCCAGAGCGUUUCGAUGAUGAGUCUGCAAUGAGAACUUUCUGCUUGCUUGGAUUUUCAGGCACACGGGAAUGCCCAGAGCUGAGGUUUGCCUACAUGGCGGCCACCGUGCUUCUGAGUGUUCUGCUGAGGAGGCUGCAGCUGCUUUCUGUGCAGGGACAAGUUAUUGAAACAAAGUAUGAACUGGUGACAUCAUCCAAAGAGGAAGCCUGGAUCACUGUCUCAAAGAGAUAUUAAAAUCGGAUGCAUUUAACUUUGUUGAAGAAAAUGAUCAUUUAGAAAAUCUGUAUCGAAUCCUUUUAGAAACCAAGCAUCAUUGUGUAAAAUAAACACCUGUUAAUACUUCA